AUGGCCGACCCAGAGAACGUCAAGGCCAUCGUCCGACUCCGCCCCCCCCUCCAGAUCAUCCAGCCCCUCGACUCCUCCGCCUCCGAGCCCCACUACGUCCCCCGCCUCCAGCCACGCCUCUACUCCCUCCACUCGCCAAGCGAACACUCCCCCCCAUCCUGCCCUUACACCCUCCAGCCAGAGAAUGCCUCGAUCUGCGCCGGCGGAAGCUGGUUCACCUUUGAUGGCGUCCAUCCACCCUCCGCCUCCACCGCCGAGAUCUACCAGUCCCACAUCGCAUCGAUGAUCCAGGACGCCGUCGCGGGCUACAACUCAACCCUGUUUGCCUACGGGGCCACCGGCAGUGGCAAGAGCUACAGCAUGAUCGGAUCCGAGAAGGAGGAUGGAAUCAUGCAGAGGGCGAUCGAAGACGUGUUUGAUCUGAUCGAACAGGUAUAUCGCGAAUACGUCGUCAGAGCCUCCUAUCUAGAGAUCUACAACGAACAGCUCCGCGAUCUACUCGCAACCGACCGGCCUCCCCCAAACGGAUCAGCCCACCCAAACAUCCCCAAAGUCCAUGAGGACCGCCAGGGAAGGAUCUUUGUCAGACCCCUAGUCUCAACCCCUUGUGCCGACUCUGAGGAAGUCAUGAGACUCCUGCUCAGCGGUGAAUCGAGGAGACGGGUGGAGCGGACCGAGUGGAACCUACACAGCUCACGCUCCCAUACCAUCUUCUCCCUGACCCUCGAAUCCAGGCCCGUCAACGGACCUGCCGGAUUCCCAAUCACCUCCUCCACCAUGCGCCAGGUCACCCGGCAGAGCUCCCGUUCCCAACUUCGCUCCGACCUCGAAUCCCCCUCCCUACCCACCCCACCACAGCCCUCCUCCUCAACCUUCGAAGUCUUCCUCGGUACCGGAAUCGGGAAGAUGCCGAUCACCCCAAGCGUGACCAGAUUCAAAUCUUCCACUGCUUCCUCCAAAUCAAGCGGGCACAUCCCCGAUGGCAGCAUCCGAAUCAGUCAACUCAACUUGGUUGAUCUUGCAGGCUCCGAGAAGCUCACUGACAACGAAGCGCGAAAUAAAGAAGCCUCAUACAUCAAGAAAUCAUUGCUAGCCUUACAAAGCGUCGUCUCCAGCCUCACCGAACUAGGAACCAGCACAUCCUCCUCCAACCAAUCCAACAACAAGCAGCGAUUGAUGCAUGUGCCCUACCGAAACUCACAGCUCACUCGACUCCUACAAACCUCGCUAUCCGGGAACGCCAAGGUCGCUUUCCUCUGUACGAUCUCGCCCGACCCGGAUUGCGAGGUGGAGACGCUGAGCACCUUGCGCUUUGCAGCCGGAGCCAAGAAGGUCGAGACGAGGGCAGAGAUGGGCCAGGUGGUCGAUCGAGCGACGCUCCUGGAGGCCCUCGAAUCAAAAGUACUCGAGCUCGAGGCCGCUCUCAUGACCAAUGCCGAUUACACCGAAGCUCUCGAAAGAGAACGGGAUGAAGCUAUCGAGCGGGCCGAUGGGGCUGAAAAAAUCUGCGAUGACUAUGAAUCCAAAUUAGCUGAAUUACAAACUCUUCGGACACCCCUAAAGGAACAGCAUGAUCAUCUCAAACGGUUAAUCCUCACAGGCUCACCACGCUCAUCCUACGCGACAGCGAAUACACUAGAGCUUCACACAACUAACCAGAACACGACGAACAGCUUGAUUCGCAAGAAGUCGAUCGGGACCAAACGGCCCUCUAGGCUCUCUGAAGCCGCCACUGGACCUGCUACGGACUCUCCUACCAAAAGAGUUGGAUGGAAAGAGUUGUUCUUUGAUGUUCAUCCCAGUGAUGAGGCUGCCAAUAAGAAUGCUCAACUUGUCCAAGAUUCGGAGAGCGCCGACAAAUCGGAAAAGAUCAACGAGUUGAAUUUGACGGUUGCGAAGCUCGAAGCCACUCUUGCCGAAGCUGAAGACACACAUCUCGGAGAAAUUUCCGAACUGAGAGCUGAAGUUGCCGCGUUGGAAGAGCAGCUGCUUCAGCUCCAGCGCACUGUGGACGAGCGUGAUCCACCCGCAGGCUCAACACUUAAAUCGCACACCGAUUCUAACUUGGACAAUGAGCUUGAGACACUCAGGCGAACUAGUGGUGAGAAGGUUGAAGCGUUGGAAUCAGAAGUGAAGGAACAGCAAGAUCGGAUCAGCGAACUAGAGAGUAAACUACGGGAAUCGGAAGCCUCAAGUGAACGAGUGAGGUCAGAAACCGAUCGGGAGAGGAAAGAGCACGAAAGACAGCUGUCAUUACAAUCGCAACUGAUUGCGACUCUCGAACAAAAACUACGAGAAAGCUCGAGGCUCGCAGUGGCUGGAGUACGAGGACACGAUGAUGUCGAGGGUGGUGGCCAUCAAUCGGCGGGCUCGAAGACCAAGAAGACAUCCAAGUCGCGUUCGAACUCGAUCAGGUCGAAAUCCGCUCGAGCGAAGAAGCAGAACGGACGGCCCCGGUCAGGCUCGCGCUCGGUCGACCACAGCAAACGGGGCGAGGCGCCGGAGGAUCUAAAUAUCCGGCGCGAGGGCUCCUCGGACCAUGUGCGCUUCGCGCAGUCAUCCCAGCCGGUUCCUCCGUCCUCGAAGCCCUCGGUCGUCAUCGGCGACGGCGGCGCGGCGUCUUCCCAGCCGCGUAAACGGACGACCAGUCAGCGCGCCGCCAACCAAAACCUCCACCUCGGCCACCCCCCCUCUCCGCUCCGCCACCAACACCACUUUUCUCUCGACGCCUCGCCCGGCCACUCUGCCGCCGGCAGAACCAAAGACCAGGCCGGCCAUAACGCACAGCCUGAUCGCCCCCUGGAUAACCUCCCCGUUCGUAGGUCCGCGAGGAACAACCAGUCCCACAAAAAGGUCUUGAGCGUCGUCGAGAAUUAG